CUAACCGGAAGGGCGGGUGCUCUCAGCUGGAGGAAAAGGAAAGGCUGGUGGCGGGAAGUUUUCAUGCGAGAGCGGCUGAAAUCGAAAGACAUUUGGAUCUCCAAUUGAGUUUUAGAAUGGCAUCCAUUUCAGGUCUAACUGAAGAAUUGGAUUCUAUAACCAACGAGCUACAUGCAGUAGACAUUCAAAUUCAGGAGCUUUUGGAAAGGCAACAAGAGCUUAUUCAGAAAAAGAACAUCCUAACAAACCGAAUAAAGCAGCAUUUAGAGGCUCCUGAUGCUGGGGAAAGCAGUGAAUGGGAUUCUUCACCUGCUGCUUGGAAUAAAGAAGAUUUUCCCUGGUCUGGUAAAGUUAAAGAUGUUCUGCAGAAUGUCUUUAAACUGCAGAAGUUCAGACUGCUUCAGCUUGAAACUAUUAAUGUAACAAUGUCUGGAAAGGAGGUAUUUCUUGUUAUGCCUACGGGAGGUGGAAAGAGCUUAUGCUACCAAUUACCAGCAUUAUGUUCGGACGGUUUUACCCUUGUGAUUUGCCCAUUGAUCUCUCUUAUGGAAGACCAGUUAAUGGUUUUAAAACAAUUAGGAAUUUCAGCUACCAUGUUAAAUGCUUCUAGUUCUAAGGAGCAUGUGAAAUGGGUUCAUGCUGAAAUGGUAAAUAAAAACUCCAAGCUGAAGCUAAUUUAUGUGACUCCAGAGAAAAUCGCAAAAAGCAAAAUGUUCAUGUCGAGACUAGAGAAAGCCUAUGAAGCGAGGAGAUUUACCCGGAUUGCUGUGGAUGAAGUUCACUGCUGUAGCCACUGGGGACAUGAUUUCAGACCUGAUUACAAGGCACUUGGUAUCUUGAAGCGGCAAUUCCCUAACACAGCACUAAUGGGGUUGACUGCAACCGCGACAAGUCAUGUUCUGAAGGAUGCCCAGAAAAUACUCUGUGUAGAAAAGUGUUUUACUUUCACAGCUUCUUUUAAUCGACCGAAUCUUUAUUAUGAGAUUCGGCAGAAGCCCUCCAACACGGAAGAUUUUAUUGAGGAUAUUGUAAAGCUUAUUAAUGGGAGAUACAAAGGGCAAUCAGGAAUCAUAUAUUGCUUUUCUCAGAAGGAUUCUGAGCAAGUUACGGUUAGUUUACAGAAACUGGGAAUUCAGGCAGGUGCGUACCAUGCCAAUAUGGAACCAGAAGAUAAGACCGACGUUCAUCGGAGAUGGUCAGCCAAUGAAAUUCAGGUAGUAGUGGCCACAGUUGCAUUUGGUAUGGGAAUUGAUAAACCAGAUGUGAGGUUUGUUAUCCAUCAUUCAAUGAGUAAAUCUAUUGAAAAUUAUUACCAAGAGAGUGGACGUGCAGGUCGAGAUGACUUGAAAGCAGACUGUAUUUUGUAUUAUGGCUUUGGAGAUAUAUUUAGAAUAAGUUCAAUGGUGGUGAUGGAAAAUGUGGGACAACAGAAGCUUUAUGAAAUGGUGUCAUACUGUCAAAACAUAAGCAAGUGUCGCCGUGUUUUGAUAGCUCAACAUUUUGAUGAAGUGUGGAAUUCAGAAGCAUGCAACAAAAUGUGUGAUAAUUGUUGUAAAAACAUUUCAUGUGAAAGGAAGAAUGUCACAGCACACUGCAGAGAUCUAAUCAAGAUCCUGAAGCAGGCAGAGGACCUGAAUGAAAAGCUCACACCAUUGAAACUGAUUGAUUCUUGGAUGGGAAAGGGUGCAGCAAAAUUGAGAGUGGCAGGUGUUGUUCCUCCCAAACUUCCUCGUGAAGACCUGGAGAAAAUUAUUGCACACUUUCUUCUACAGCAGUAUCUUAAAGAAGACUACAGUUUUACAGCAUAUGCUACCAUUUCAUAUUUGAAAAUAGGACCUAAAGCUAAUCUUCUGAACAAUGAGGCACAUGUCAUAACCAUGCAAGUAAAGAAGCCCACAGAAUGCUGUUUCAGGAUGGAAUCACCUCAAACUUGUCAUUCUUUUGAAGGAGCUGAUAAAAAAAGGGAAGAAAAAAAUUCAAGUAACUUCCAGAAGUCUGCAAACAUGCUUCAGCAGUCUAAGCAUACAGGGACUAAAAAGAGAAAAAUUGAUGAUGCAUGAAUGUUUCUAAAUUUUCCAAGAAAACGGUUUAUGCAUGCAUACAACAGUAUUUUGUAGUUAAAAGUUUAAGACAAUUUUAUUAAUAUUUUAUACAUAUGGAACUUAUAUCCAAAGUAUUAAAGACCUGGAAAUUCAAGAUCAUGAAUUAUGUAAAUUUACAGUAUGGAGAAAAAUAAUUUUAAUGCAAAAUAUUUAAGAAGUGAGUUGGGGGAAAUUGGAGGGGGCACAAACCAUGAGAGACUGUGGACUCUAAGAAAC